AUGAUGAUGAUGAUGCGCUACGUGCUGCUUGCGUGUGCCUUCUGCGUGUGCGUGGGCUGCGGCUGUGCCGCGGGUGAUGACCUGAAGCUGCUGAAGACACGGCUGCAUGUUAGACACGCUUCUUCAUCCGAAUAUCCUUCUUCUGCCAUUAUUGCCUUUGCUAGUGCUGGGAGUAAGGAGUGCUUACCUACAAAUAUGCGUUGUGUGCGUGCUUCAGGUGUUGCUGAAAUUGCUAACGAAGCGGAGCAUACGAAGUGUGUGGAGAAAACCGAGGAGUGCCCCCAGGGAUAUAAGCCUGACGCCGCAAGUUCGAGCGGUGCAGCAGGUUCUGGUGGGAUUCAAGGUGUUUCACACAGUGGUGGUGCUCAUGGUGAAGAAUUGUGUCCGGAAGGACAAACCAAAUGCAAAAAAUCUGAAUCACAGGUCCAAGUGGCACAUCCAGCGAAGUUGGAUGUGGGUUCAUUGAAGGGUGGAGUUCUAGAUCGUAAAGAUGUUGUGGAGUGUAAAGAGGAAGAGGUCCACUGUCCUGCUGGUGCUGACGGCCAACCUUCGGGUGGAAGGUGUGUGCCUACUGGCACUGACUGCAGUAGCAAGGCAGCUGCAGCGCCUAAGGGUCGUGAAGGAGAAGGAGAACCGAGUUCUGGUGGGCCCCCAGGCAUCGCUUCGGGUCCUGAGAGGGUCGACCUGAAUCCAAAAGGACAAGUGACGCAGUUAGGGAAAGAGUCAACUUCUCUUGGAGAUUCGGCUGCGGACAAUGGUCACAGAGAGGAAACGGAUGAAACGGAUCGACGACAGGAAGAAGAAACGAUGAAAGGAAUGAAAGCCUCGCAGAAGGCAACAGAGGUGACGGCUCCGGGACCGCACGACUCCCAAUCUGUCUCAGGUGGCCGUCGCGAAGAGAUCUCGACUCAGGGCGAGAAGACCGACAAAGGCCACACUGAGUCAAGCUCUCAGCAUACCAGCAAUACACUCCUAAAUGAAGCCAAUACAAGCGAACAAGAAAGGAAAAGCGAUGAAACCUCCAACACUAACAAUGACUCAGAGGUAACUAACGUUGCACCUGCUGGAGGUGAUUCAUCUCCAGGUGAUGCCACAACGACGGCUGUAGACCACAGUUCUGAAGCACCGGCAACGCAAACACCUACUGAAGCUUCUUCCGCGGCUUCUGGUGUCAGCGAUGCCAGUGACACCAAGCCUUCCACCACCACUGCUGCUGUCGAAACUAUCAACAACACGAAGAAUGCGGACAGCAGCGUCAGUCCUGUGUGGGUGCAUGCACCGCUGCUUCUGCUGACGUUGUUUGCAGUGACGGCUGUGUGA